AUGGAUCCUCCCAGGCUCCCCAAGAAAAUCAUAUAUGGCGAGCUGGCGUUACAAGGACCAACUAAAGCGCACCCUGACACUUACCAACGUCAGCUCGUCCUCGUGGGAAGAAACUGCCAGGGACGUGGAGGAGAUCAAUACGCGAUGGCAUCGCGGACUUCGAGGAAAGGAGGAGGGAGAAUGAAGAGGCAAGGCGACGAAGGAGAAGAGAGCGCUGUGAACGACCCCGUCCUCCUCCCCCUCCCCUCCCCUGUGAGCACUGUCCGCGACUAUUCCACCACCGACUGGACUUCGCAAAUCAUGUCAAACAUAAACAUCAACCGUAUCUUUUUUCGCUUUGCUUCCUCUUUUUUUUCCUUCAUUUUUUUCAUUCAUAUUUUUGCCUUUCUGCCGCCUUUUUCUUCUUGUUUCUUCUUUUUUUUUUUAAUUAUUUUUCUGUUUCUUCGUUGUCGACCUCUCUACCUCACUUUUACUAAUUUCUUUUCUUUUUUUAUUUUUGCUUUCGUCAUCAUUCUUUUACUUUCCUUCACCUUUCAGAUACUCUUUUCUCGUUUUUUGGACGCUGACUGCACGUCUACCUGCCUUGCUUGCUUGUCACUGGUUGAUUGCACGUCUACCUGCCUUGCUUGCUUGUCUCUGGCUGACUGCUCGUCUGCCUGCUUUGCUUGUUGUCUCAGACAGACUGCACGUCUGCUCACUGCACGUCUGCCUGAUUUGCUUGUUGUCUCUCAGGCUGACUGCACGUCUGCCUGCUUUGCUUGUUGUCUUCGGCUCACCGCUUGUUGUCUCUGUCUGACUGUCUGCCUGUUUGUUUUCUCUGUUUCCCUGCUUGAUUUUUUCCUCUCUCUGUCUGCUUGUCUGCCUGCCUUCACGUUGUCUCUGAUUGCGAAAUUUGUUGUCUCCGCAUGCCUACUUGCUUGUUGCCUGUGUCUUCCUGCUUCUGACUGCACGUCUGUCUGCACGUCUGCCUGCUUGCUUGUUGUCUCUGUGUACCUACCUGCUUGUUUUCUCUGUCUGUCUACUUGCUUGUUGUCUGCCUGCUUCUUGUCUAUGUCUGCCGUGUCUUUCUCCCCCCUCUCUCUCUAUACAGAUAUAGAGAUAUAUAUGUGUGGGCGUCUCUUUCUAUCUCUGUCUCUCUCUCUCUCGUAUAGGUAUGCGUCUCUCUUUCGUAUAAAUAGUUUUGAGCCUCUCUCGUAUAGAUAUGGUUGUGUGUCUCUCUCACAUCUCUCUCUCUCUCUCUCAUAUAGAUCUGUGUGUGUGUCUCUCUCUCGUAUAGAUCUGUGUGUGUCUCUCUCUCUCACCUGUGUUUGUCUCUCUCUCUCUCUCUCUCUCUCUCUGUGUCUUAAUAUCUCUCACUGUACCACAAGUACUUACACACAGCGACUGAACCAGGCGCAGAUACGCAUAGUGCCAGAAGCUUUUACAAUGAUAAGCAAACUCCCGCCUUUCCCAUCCCAGCUUAACGAAGUCCUGAUCGCGAGAACAACGCGUCUUAGAAAAACAAACAUGGGUUCGUGCAAAUAUCCAGCACAAGAUGGCGUAACUACAUGUCUGUCAGAAUGUUUCGCCCUGAACAAAUUUCAGCUCGUGUUUCCUGCGUCCAAGUCUCAUGACUACAUCAGCAACUGCUGA